UCCGCACAAAUCGUUUGUGCCCGACCAAAGGGUACACCAAACUACCCCGACGAUGCUACGAGGACGCAGUCUGACUUUGCCGCUGGGGUGACUCCAUUCGCCCAACCAACGGGAUUCGAACCAGGGCUGGAUGGAUUCGCACUGAAACUCGCCCAACCUCCGAGUCACUCUUGUGGUUGGGGUGCAAAGGCGCCGCCAAUUCCUGCAUGUGAGUGGAUUAACGACGCCUACACGAUUGCCGAACCCGACGUCUGGAGGCAGCUUUCAGGUACAGAUCGGCCUGUCUUGGAGGCCAGCUUAGCGACUGAUUGCGCUGGACGCUGGAGGCCAGUCGAGUUGGUCCGACUGUCCGGUCAACUCGGGUUACACAACCGAUGGGGUGACUUUCUGGCCCGAUGCAAUGGCGAGUGA